UCGGGGCGGGGCGAGUGGUGGGAGCGCCAGCCAGGAGGGCCUGAUCGAGUCUGUGAGGUGAAGCCCCGGGUCGUGUGGGAUCCCAGCUCUGCGGAGGGAGGGCGUCGCGUGAGUUUUGGAGGGACUUUGGGAACUGAAACUGGGCCACCAGAGUUCAGUUAAGUUCCUAUGUCUUCCCCUGAAAUUGCUUCCCUCUCAUGGGGGCAGAUGAAAGUACAAGGCUCUACUAAAAUCUAUAAGGAUUGCAAAGUGUGGCCAGGUGGCAGUCGGGCUUGGGAUUGGAGAGAAACAGGAACUGAGCAUUCUCCUGGUGUGCAGCCUGCAGAUGUGGAGGAAGUUGUCAAGAAGGGUGUACAGACCCUUGUGAUUGGCCGAGGGAUGAGUGAGGCCUUGAAGGUGCCUCCAUCAACUGUGGAGUACGUCCAGAAACAAGGCAUUGAUGUGCGGGUCCUCCAGACAGAGCAGGCAGUGAAGGAGUACAAUGCCUUGGCUGCCCAAGGUGUCAGGGUGGGCGGGGUCUUCCAUUCCACCUGCUGACGGGCCCUUCAGAGGUAAAUAAAUCACUAAGCAGA